UAGCUUUUCCAUAUGUUCUUGACUUUUCCAUAUGCCUAAAAUUUAUGCAAAGUUUAAAAUUAGCAAAGAAAAGUGUUUGAUAGGUAAGAGAAAAAAAGUUUGCGUAGGCUUUUUCCCGCCAAGAAGAAGAGAAGAGUUGAAGAAAGCAAGAAAAAAAAUGGAGGUUAGUGUGAGCGGGAAUGCACUCAAAACGUUUGCUCGCUCCAUCAAUUGCCUUGCUAAAAUCGGCAACGAACUUGCUAUACAAGCUUCUUCUUCGCAGCUUGCUUUCUGCACUCUUAAUGCGUCUCGUUCUGCCUACCAAUCGAUAUCGUUUAAACCCGAUUUCUUCGAUGUUUAUACGAUUUCCAGUAAUCAAGUCCAAUUUAGCAUCCUUUUGAAGGCUGUUUGUGCUGUUUUAAGGACUCCGCUCUCGAGUAUCGAUCAUUUGAAGGUGCAUUUGUUGGAUCCUGACUCUGCUAAAGUCAAGUGGGCAUUGGAUUGUAACAAUGGGAUGAGGAAAACCUAUUGGAUAAACUGUAAUGUCGAACCAGAUAUACAACAUCUAUCUCUAGAGAAGGAAAGAUUCACGAGCAACCUUGUUGUUAGGCCCCGUGAUCUGAAUAGAUUGCUUUCUAAUUUUCAGUCUUCUCUUCAUGAAAUCACUGUCAUUGCUACAGAACCAUCUUCUUUGCCUUCAGAGGCUGAAAGUGAGAUUGGAGGGAAGGCUGUUGAACUUCGGAGCUACAUUGAUCCAACAAAUGAUAGUGGUUCAUCGUUACACACUCAGCUGUGGAUAGAUCCAGUGGAAGAGUUCCUGCAGUAUGCUCAUGCUGGAAAUCCAGUGGAUGUUACAUUUGGUGUUAAGGAGCUAAAGGCAUUUCUUUCCUUCUGUGAGGCCUGCGAAAUUGAUAUGCAUUUGUUUUUCGAGAAGGCUGGCGAGCCUAUUCUCAUGACACCUAAAUUUGGACUAGAUGAUGAUGGAUCUACUUCAAACUUUGAUGCCAAACUUGUACUUGCUACAAUGCUCACAUCACAGUUACAUGAAGGAAAUCCAACAGGCACUGUCCCAUCAGACGGUGCCUUGAAUGGUAGGGCCUCCAAUGAGACAGGACAGGAAGCUCGGCAAGAAAGCUCAAAGGUGCGAGCCUCCGCACAUGCAUCUGAUCACACCAAGAUAUGGUCUGAUCUGUCAGCAAGUGGUGCCAAAUCUGCUGGUGGUAGUGGCAGUAGGCAGGUUCAUGGCGAAGGAAACACCACUAUUGCUGAGCAGAGGGAACUUCAAGGGUUUAAUGGAAUGCGAAUUUCAGAGCCUCGCCCUCAAGGAGAUAAUGUUGCUGGUGGUCCCAAUUCCUUGCGUCAUGUGGAAACUGAUCAAGGGGUGGGACAUCAAGGGUUGAAAGAGAAGGGAGAAGGCUUUUCUCAGCGUCAUCCUAGUAAUUGGGUAGAUGCAGAUGAGGAAGAUGAUGAAGGGGAAGACAAUGAAAUGUGUGUACAGUCUACACCACCGUACUAUGAAGAACAAUAAGAGUAAUUGAUAGCACUGCUUGAUUCUUUUGUAAGUCAGUUAUCUCUUCCAUUGACUGGCUUGAUCUAUAUCAUCGCUAAUGAUGAACGUGAAAGCACACACAUCCAUGUCCAUAUGCUGUCCAUACUUCAAAAGCUCAAUGUAACUGAACAAAAGGUUCCUGAAUUAGAGUGUCACCUAUAUCUAUGAUUUCGUUGAUGCCAUACUUUUGCUUAUAAUGUAAUUGGGUUCA